AUGGUUAAGGUCCUGUGGCUCCUCGAGCAAGCUGGCGAAGCUUCGAUCCUGCAGACUUUCAAACUCUGCAGCGACGCAGUCAUCCCCAAAAAAGAUUCUCCAAGCGUCUGCAACACACCCAGUAGCGAAGCACAGCUUAGAAGCAUCAGCAGCUCAACCAGGGCAUGGCCCAAGCGCCGCGCGAACAAAUCAACUGGCUACAAUUGCAAUGACUCGAGAGGGGCCACAGGGGUGAAGACAGUGGGAAGAGGGGGUGGCUGGCGUGGAGCUCUUCUCUGGACGGAUGGAGCAAUUGUCCGGCUGCGACAGAUCCAAAUCAAUGUCGCAAGAAAAAGCCCGGCGUCUGAAGGGUUGGCCAUGUUUGACACGGCCAGGGUCGGCGGGGCCGAAACCCAAGGUCAACUGCCACUCACAGAUACCGUUCCUAAGCCAACUCUGGACGUGGUUAUCACAUCUUCAAAAACGAUGGAGAUUAAACGCCUGCAAGCCCUGUCACCACGCUCCCGGGUCUUUCGAGACGGUGACAUCACCGGCCAGGGGAGACCGCCUGUCGCCCUACAGCACGGAACCGGCGGGCGUGCGCAGAGCCAGUCCGUUAAAGGGACUUCCACCUCGACCGAAUUGUUCGACUCAAGAGUAACGCACGCUAUGCCAUUCACAUCUACUAGGAAAGCGGUGAAUUUUGAUGUCUGA